AUGGACUUUCGCGAAAAUUAUGUUACGCUAAUGUAAAGUAUCGUGAAAUACAGCUGAUUCAAAAUAUACAAAGACUUGUAGCAACGUAUACAGUAUUUGAAGGUUUAUACCAGGAGGGGUAAAAUAUUUUAACUUAUAAACAUCAAAGAAAAUGUACGAGUUUCUUUUUUUUUCUUUUUGAAAGAAUACCAAAUUUGUACUUAUUACAACCAAACCAAAGGCAAAAAUAUAUUGCAACACAUGUAUCCUUUGUAUUUUUUGUUUUUAUUUAUUUAUUGUAUGAGGUGUUUUAAAGGUUGUUUUUUCCCCUUCACAGUUUUGUUUUUAAAUAAUUCUAAUAGACAAGCUCAUCUGAAAAUCGUGAAGCGCAGUUUCUAGCAGCGGUUCUAUCCAGCACGACUCGGUAAACACUUUUAACACGCCAGGACUUCAAAAUUCUAUAUACAGUCAAUAUUUACAGUAUAAUCUCCGAGCCAUACCCGUUUUAACACAUGGCCUACUCUCCAGUUCCUCCAGAAUUUCGAAAUUCUAAAUACACCGGUGCUACCAAGUUUUACACAACUAUGGCAAAUGGCAUUUAAAAGGCGUUGGCCCGUCGGAACAUAAAUAUACCGGUACAUUUCUUGUUUCCAUUUAAAUUUAGACGGGACUCCGUAUAUAUUCAGCUUUCAUAAUCCGUACCGUCAUUCCCGUGACGGGAACCGUAGCAGAAGGUUCCAUAUUACACUAUACAGCGCUACUGGUUGUACCGGUAAAAUAAGUAGCGUAUUUCGAGGAGAAUUUUUUAAUCUCCUGGCGAUGUUGAGGAAAAUGUCGGUGCAUCCUUUCACCGGGGUGAUCUGCUGUCUUCUCCUCGUAUCGUGGGCUUCGGCAGUCGAAGAUGAUGAGAGGAAAUUAUCCGAAAAUGACAACAGAGAGAAGGAAUAUUUUGAUUUUUACAUUCAAGAAUCCACUCAUUCAGAGGGAGGGUGCAAUAUGGAACUUGCCAGGAUGUGUUUCUUAGGAUUGUCGAAUGGUUCACUGACUGCCAUGAUUACUACCAAUGCAGAGAAGAAGAAGCAAGCUUGCGAAAUGGUGUGGAAAACCAAAAUGUGUUUGGAUGGGGGCUUGACAUCCUGUCCUGAGCACCAAGGGAAGAAUAAGAUCUUGGAUCCAUACGUCCCUCUUCUCGUAUCCAUCGCCAGAACGUCCUGCAAUGACGGAAUGGAGGAGGAAAAAGAUGAUGAUAAAGAAGAUGAUGAGGAGAAUGACAGACAUGAUUCAGGAGCAGAGGGUUGUGACCUUGACAUGGUGGGGAUGUGUCUCUCCGGUUUCUUCUAUGCAGCUGUCGGUGUUUCCAGCAGAACAUCUCCAUUCACUUUCACUGACGGAAUGUGCUGGCAAGCUGGGAAAAGUCUGUCCUGUUUAUCAGCCACAAUGCAAAAAUGUCAUCAUGCAAAAUUCCGAAACCUUGUUAGUAUGGCAGCAGCACAACUUAAAAUUACACAAGAGGCCACAUGUAAGAAAUCGGAAGGCUGUAAUUUUGAUAGAGCGAUGGCGAGUAUGAUGGCGUACAAGAAUGCAGUGGAUUCUCCCCUGGUUCAGAUGGAGGGAUCUCCUCUCUCAUGCAGUAUAUUGGCAGUAACUUUACAAAUGACAAUGGAUGACUUGAAAGACUGCCCUCAAGAUGUCUACACAAUGGUCAGUGGCGGGAUUUAUCUGAUGUCCAAGACCACGGAGGUCGUGUGCGAGGGGAAAUAUCCUACUAUUGAGGUGCCACCGGUUCCAAUGCUAGACGAAGUUAUCUCCCUUGGGGCACUGGUGAACAGUCCUUAUGCAUCAAAAGAAAAUGUUUGUCCGUUGUUUGAGAUGGCCAUGAAGAAACUUAUGACGAUGAAAUCAGACGAUGUUAAAUCGAUGGAUGUUAUGAAUUUAAUGGACACCAGCAUGAGAAUGAUGGGAGAGCUGUGUGCUGAUCAGAAAAUGUGGGCAAAUCUAAUGAACCUGACCAAAAUGAAUGACCCCCUACAACCCUGCAUGUUUAAGGAGUCUACCAUGUGCGACUUGGAUCGCGCUCGAGUCUGUGUGGCACAGUCCCAGCUGGAUGCUCUGCUGGGGGAUGUAGAAAUGUUUGGCUGGGAACCUGUCUGUCAUGGCAUUGAAAGGAUGACCAGAUGUGUACAAUAUACAAUAAAUGGAUGCAAGAAUUUCUCCGAGAUGACCAUAGAGAAGAUCAGUCCAAAAGCGAGAGAGGUUUUCUCGCUAGCUGCUGACCACUGUCCAGUGAAAACUCUGUUAGAAGUCCGUGGAUCCUGCUACCCCACCAAAUGUGACAUUCAGAAAGCCUUGAGCUGCUUCAGUAUCCCAACAGAAAGCGAUAUCACUUCUGGUCAGACCUGCAGUUUUAUCAACAAAACCGUUAGCUGUAUAGAUGAAUACACCGAUGGUUGUGGAUAUUUGGAAUCUGCUCACCCCGUAAACUUCGCACUAAAGAGGUAUCUGGAUUGGCUGAAACCUUACUGUAUGGAUGUCAUGGUGGACACUGUGUUACAGAUGCUCCCAGAAUGCACUUACAAAUAUAUGGAAGGAUUCAACUUCAUCUUGACCCACUCCACUAACUUCACCCAGGAUUUCUGUAGUCUUCACAUGCACAUGGCCAAGGAAUGUGAUGAUAUGGCAGAAUUAUCAGUUUUCUCAAGAUACAACAAAGCCAAGAUGUAUUCUAGGGGGGCUAUGAUUUCGUGGAUGUGUGAACAUAAAGGCAACAUUAAGAUGAUGAAUGGAACAAUGUUAAAGCAGAGAAUGGAAGAGCUCUCGAUGGAAUCUAGAAAUACACCAGAGAAGGAGAUGAUGCAGUAUGCAAUGGCAGGGUCCUGCUUAACUACGUACCUUCAUCGACUAAUGGAAUUUACGUCCUUGCCCAUUCCGCAAAGGAAAGCUUUAUGCAGCGACAUUGACUUCACUAAAAUGUGUGUUCACGACAAUUUCGCCAAUGCUACUGAGGCCAGACAACAGACCGCUAGGGAGGCAAUGAAAUUCGUCAUGAUGAUUCACAAGCAGGUGUGUCCCAUGGAGAUGAUGGCGAUGCCAGCGAUGGACAACACCUGUAACGUCAACGCCAGUCUGUGGUGUCUGGGCAAGCUGGGGGAAUAUCUGUCCUCGGCGUCAGCUUUCCAUACCCAGUCUCACUGCGGUGCUGUAAAGAUGGCUAUGCAUUGUGUGCAUAACAACUCUAUGAACUGCACAGCAUCUGAGAAGGCGCUUGUGAAAGAGGCCAUGGAGCCCAUUCUUACUCUCACUGGAUCAGCUUGUAAACCAGAAACUGAGGAGGAAUGUAAUGUAACCAAGGCACUGAUUGGUCAAUAUAUUCCAGAGACAUGUGACCAGACAGCUGUUACCAAUUGUUUUGAUUGGUUCAACAAAGCAAAGGACUAUUACAUCUUAACUAAUAACACCAAGGCUCUCUGCAGCAUGGGACAACAAGCAGUGAUGUGUGCCCAAGCCCACUCCAGAAGCUGUGAUGCUACCUUUACCGCCAACAGCGUGACUGCACCUAUAGAAACCCUUAAAGCUGACUUACAAAGUGUGUGCAGGGAAAUGUUCUCUGACAGGGAGGCUAGCAUGAAGGACAACAGCACAGAAAAAUGUGAGAUGGCUCCAGCUGUCGUGCCAUGUGUGGGGAAUUCUGAAAUGUGCUUUAACAGCUUAGUUCCAUCAGAGAUUUGUGGAAACCAGACCUCCAUCAAGGCUUGCAUCAGCCUGUUGAUGAGGGGUUGUGAUAAAUACCUGGUCUACUCUUACGCCUCCUCACUGAAAAUGAACCAGAAGAGCUUAGAAGAUGCCAUUAAUAGCACAUGUGACCUGACUCCAUCAACCACCAUUCCCUCAAUGCCAAGUAACUUUUCUCAGGACAUGGUAUGCAUGACAGGCAAUGAUGUGUUCACAAACUAUCUAUACAAUAAUUCAGCAACUCAGAAGGACCUGUGUAAGGUGUUCAUGAAGAUGUCAGAUUGCAUUAUGGACAAUUCCUCUGUUGUUUCGCUUCCAUGGAGGAAGACUUUGGAGACCAUCAGUCUGGUCGUCAAGAAACAAGUUCAUUUCAGGUGCAAUGUUGUAGAAAACUUGAAUAUGGCAUACAUGGAUGAUGGGAAGAAUGCCUCAGAAUUUGAAAUUCCAAAAAAUACCUCCUGUGAUCCGAUGACAGCCUCGCUGUGUUUGUAUAAUUAUGCAGCCUCCAACGUCUACCCAGCCUUUUAUCCCAUCAAUGAGAGAGAGCAAGCAUGCAGAAAACGGAGAUCAGACAUUACCUGCAUGCAGAAAAGUCUCGCUGGUUGUCCUACUGCCAUAAAGAUGAAAGUAUUUCAAGUUUUGGAUUGGUACAACAGCAUUGGCAAGAGUAUUGGAAUCUGUAACGAGGGUCCACAAAGAAAAUGUCAGCCUAAGGAAGCUAUGAACUGCAUCAGCAUGCUUAGUGAGGGAAUCAUGGCGUAUGGGAUGACACAACAAGCACCUGCUGUGUGUUCAGGGAUAGUUCCCACCGAGAUGUGUGUAAUGGAAAACACGAUUGGUUGCGAAGCUGUAGUCCGAGCCUCGGUUGAAGAUGCAUACAGAGACGUGUCUGCUGUAGCUGUGAAAACUUGCCAGAUGGACAGCAAAAAACUCAUGCAGAUUACGAUCAGUGAGGAGAUGUGUGAUAUGAAAAAAGCAAAGAUGUGUCUGACUGGUAUGUUUGACAAGGUUGCUAUGACAACAGUGUCCAUGGAAAAAGUUGACAAGAAGAAACUUUGCAGUGAACUGCACAUGAUGGCAGAGUGUGUAGAGAAGACCAGCAUGAGCUGUGGUGAGAUGGACAAAAUGAAGAUGGCUGCUCAGAAACCUCUUAUCAUGGGUCUUCUUAUGGGCACCUGCUCAGAGGAAGAGGAAGAAGAAACUCAUGAGUCUGGCCACUGUAAGAUGACCGCAGUGAGAUGCCUGAGGGACUACAUCCAGAUUUCCUCCAUGGAUUCUCUCUCGGACUAUUGCGUGCAAGUUCCUCCCACACUGAAAUGUCUGGCAAGCACAGUAACUGGCUGUAGCAAGAAAAUGCAAGGACUGUUAGGAAUGGCGAUGGACCACAUCGAAGAGACGUCAGGAAUGAUGUGCAAAUCUAAGGGAUGUAACUCUCACCUGGCAUCUAUGUGUAUGACGGAGGCGGGAGCCAUGUUAAAGAUGCCUCCUCAAGUGUUUACAGAAUCUCCUCUAUGGUGUGGAUUUGUAAAACAAGCCUUGAAAUGUGCUGAGAUGCAUGGACAAUCCUGUGACAUGAAAAAGAAUCCUUUAUCUGAGGCCUGGUAUAACUCUAGUGUGUGGAUGAUGCAGGUACUCUGUAAGGAGGAACCAUCUCCAAACCCUGUCCUGUCUGUGGCGCCAGCCUUCCAACUAGAGGGACUUUUCUCCCUGUUAUCUCUACUGGGGAAUCCACACUCGACCAAGGAGACUAUUUGUCCACAUUACAUGCACAUGAUGAUGUCUGUCUACGAAGCUGCCUUCGUUCUGAGCCCGGAGAUGUACGCCCAGAUGAUCCAAGUGUACAGGCUGCCCAUGAAGACGGUGGGCUACAUUUGUGCCAGUGAGGAAGAGAAUUACACCAUGUCUGACAAGAAAGCCACAUGUGAUGUAAAGGCUGCUUACAAAUGUGCAGAAGAAGCAGAGAUACACUCUAAGAUCACCAGUAGUAUAUUCUAUGGCUGGGAACCAGUUUGCCAGUCUUUGGAGAAGAUGACUUGUUGUGUGCAGAGUGUAACGAGUGAGUGUAUGGACCACGACUCGGUUUUAGCUGUUACAUCUCAGUUCCAUGAAAUCUACGCUGCCGUGGGAGAUAAGUGUUCCGCACGAGAUAUCUCCACCAGAGUUAUGAAGUCGUGUCCAGUGCCCAUCCCCAAGAAAUGUGAGGUCACUAAUGCCAUCAAUAAUUGUCUACUGGACAUUAGAUCAGAAUCAGACAAGCAACAGAUCUGCAGCAAACUUACCGAGGUAGUGAAGUGUGUCAAAGACCACACCGAGGGAUGUUCUGCUGCCCAGAAUGCACCACUGGAGUGGAUCGUGCGUAAAUACAAGGAGUGGAGGCAGUCUUCCUGUGACCUGAGUCGUGUGGACACGCAGGUGAUGGUGAAGGAUGAGACCUCGGAAUCGGCUGAUUGUUACAUGGUGUUCAUGGAGAGCGUCUACAAAGGUUUGACCUCUAAAACGGACCUAAUGGAGGUCAUGUGUUCAGCCAGCGAGGAGGAAGAGAAAUGUCUCGGACAAGUCAAGUAUAUUCCCUUACCCAUGCAGUUCUACUUUACGGAGGACGUUGAGAAAUAUCAAGAUUUCAAAAAGAUGUGCAAUAAGACUUUUACCAGUCAGCCAGCCCCCAGUGAGUCCUCCACGUGUAUGUCGGACGUGGCUGCUAUGUGCUUGGUACCCUAUUACCAGGGCUUAAUGAACUGGAGACUGACACCCAUGUCUGAUAGGACCCCCAUGUGUGGCUUAAUUUUGGAUGUGCACAUGUGUGUCAAUAUCAGCACCCAGACGUGUUCUAAGCAGAGACAAGACAUGUUUAAGGCAGGUCUGGCUGCCAUGACAGCCCAACACACAGAAGUGUGCCCCUCCAUUCUGCCUGCCAUGAAGAAGAUGGACUACGUCUGCACCCCGGAGGUGGCAUCCAUGUGUAUUCAGCAUUACGGCUGGUACCUCAGUGAGGUCACAUCAAAUAAACAAGGAGAGGCCUGCAGAAAAUUCCGAGACACAAUGGAGUGUGUACAUCUGUCCACCAGGAACUGCUCGGACAGCAUGAAGAGCACCUUUGGCUCGUCCCUGGAGCAGGCUCGUAACAUGCUGGGCGAUUCCUGUCCCUUGUUGUCCACCAUCAUGUGUAACACAGAGAUGUGGGAGUCCACCCUCGUACACUCUCGCUGCAACCGAACCAAGGCAGGGCAUUGUCUCAUGGAACUCGAUCAAUAUUCCAAGACCAAUAUGACCAAUAUGGCAGGAAUGUGCAUGAAAUAUGCAGCCACUCUGGAGUGUGUCUUACAAAACACCAUGACCUGCGACCCAGACGAGGUUAAGGACAUCAAUGCCACUGUGCACAUUGUCAUGUCAACACUAGGCCGUGAGUGCAUGAAGCUAGCGGCGGAGGCAUCGAAAACUGGGAAUACUGGGAUGGAAGAGAAGUCCUACCCCCUACUUGCUGCCUUACAGACCUGUCAACCCAGACCUGUGUGUAGUACGCGAUGGUUGGAUUGUGCUCCUGAUAUGAAUGUAACUGUUGUCUGCAACAACGGGGAAAAAAUUGCCAAAUGCAUGUUGGGAAGGACAGCUGGUUGCGACAAUGGAACAAAAGUGUCAAUUGCACAAGACAUCCGAAUGUUUGCUAUGGAAAUUUUAAGAUACCAAAAAGGUGGAAAAUGCAAUUUCUCGGAGAUUGUGAUGGAAGAAACCGAGCCACUGGUCCCCUACAUGCACAACAACACAUGCUAUUUACAGUUUAGCAGAAACUUUACGGCCGUCUUGAGGAACAUGUCUUCAACACACUGGGAUGUCUGUCGCGUUCUUGAUCAGACUCAGAACUGUCUGCAGAAAGAAAGCAUGAACUGGCCGGCACUGCUACAGGGUGUGUGGAAAGCAGCUGCCCACAGAAUUGAUCUCAACAAGUGCUAUGCAGGAUAUGCAGAAGCAAUGAUGAAGAGGAACAUGUCGAAAGAAGAGAUGAAAAUGAUGGCGAUGGAAAAUUGGGAUAUGUCUCAGAUAUAUAAUAGAACAAUGAAUGAGUCUUCAGCCUGUCAGUUGGAUUUAGCACACAACUGUCUUCAGUACCUUGGAUCUCAUGCAGUGUUUGGGGGAGUAUCGCCCAUGAUGGACAGGAGAGGCGCCUGCAGAGACAUUGCUGAAUCACAGAAGUGUGUGGUUAGGUCCACCUUGCUGUGUUCUGCAAAGAACCAAAUGAAGGUUCUGAAUACAGCCAAAAUGUUCAACAACCUUAUCCUGUCGCAGGGUUUCUGUCUGGACUCCAAGGAUGUUGCUAAGGACUCUUUCAGAGCAGAGGUCAGGAAGCUGGAAUGUAAUGAAAAGGAGGCAAUGCAGUGUCUGGGCAUGCUCAGUUUGUCCAUCUCGCAACAAUAUUACACCGAUUCCAAGAGUGCCGUCUGCUCUCAUCUUCUGCCUGUUGAGAUCUGCAUUGCAAAGAAUACCCUUUACUGCAUGGCGUCUGUCCGCAAAAGUAUUGAGGCUACUUACAUGGACCUCAAGACCCUGGCUAAAGGUCUCUGUUCCUCACAAUCAAGAAUGGCAGAGACGAAAACCGCUGACGACCACUGCUUGUCUGGUAUGCGUAGGAAGAGUACGGUGUGUAGUGUUCCAGACGCCCUGUAUUGUAUCAACUCUAUGCAUGCAAAGAUAAGCAAGAUGGCACAUAACAAGGAGUCUGUCUGCAGCAUGUUACCAGAAUUAAGAAGCUGCGUGUGGAAAUAUGUGGGAGGGUGUAAGAAAUGUCAACAGGACAGUGUGUACUGGACGAUGCACGACAUCUACCAGCGGCUCUCCAAGGUGUGUCCCACCGCCACCUGCGACCCCUGUACAGCGCGCUGGUGUGCUAGUCAGCUCAACAUGACCAUGAUGAAACACAACAUGAACAGCAUGAGGGAUAACAUGACCAUGAUGGAAGACAAGGAGGUGUCGUGUGUAGACAUUUGGAAGACGAGACAGUGCAUGGAUAUGAGUCUGUCAGGCUGUGGAAUGGAGGAGUCCCACCACGUCAGGGAGGAUUUAGAGAAGAAAAUGGCCCCCAUGGUUCCCAAAACAUGUCAGGCCAAACUAAAAUUUACCGAGUGUGCGCUUCACUUUGCUGUUAUGGCUCAGAAAGUUAUUGGGGUAUCAGAGGACAUGAUGCCUAAAGCUGUGCUAUCAGAGGUACAGAAUAUGAUGGAUGCCUACAUGAAGAAUAUGACAAAGCCACCCACGUAUGAGGAACAACUGAAAGCUGUAAAAAGUCUAAUCAAGAUUGCAAGCAGUAUGGGAAAAUCCAAGACCUGUCCCAUGGAGUCGGAUGGUUGGCCGUGGGGACUCCCCGAGGACAAACCAACUCAGUGCAAGGAAGCUAUGUCUGCCGCCAACUGUAUGGGAACGCAUAUACAACAGCUUCCCAAGGACAAAAUCCCAUUGGUCAACGCCUCGCUGCAUCUGAUUGGACAGCUUCUUAUGGACAAAUGUGAUGAGAAGCCUUUGAGAUGUUACAGUUGUAAGAAUGCUAAAUCAAAUGAGGAAUGUAAUAUGCAGCCAAUGGAAACUUGUAUGGGACCCAACCAGAUGUGCUACACAGUAACCACACUUAAACCAAUGAAUGGAAAUACCAAUAGUAACAGAACAUCCAACACCACGAGAGUGAGGAGAGACUCACACGGGCAAGAUCCGAUGUCGGAAAACCAUGGCUGGAUCAGCAAGGGAUGUACCAGAAGAGUUCCACUUCUCCAACAGAACACACAGUGUCUGAGCGGAGGAAAGUGCCAAUAUGGCUGCUACAAAUACGACUGCAACUACAUGCCUCAUUCUGGCAUCCAAGAUGAUAUGUCUUGUGAUCCCAAAAUGGCAGCUAUCUGUGGCAUGCAUCUAGUUAGUGAUCUCCUGUCAAUGAAACAAACUGACUGUGGAAAAGUGAAGGAACAGAUGAGAUGCAUGUAUCAUCACACCGCUAAGUGUUUGUCCAGCAACGACCAACAAAUGUACAAGUACGCGCUUCAACUGGCCUCCACUCCACAGCUGGUGCAGUGCUACGCGGAGCCGGAGAUGUGCAAGUGUGGACGUUGUCAGUUACUGACCUAUACAAACCUGGUUCAGAACCCACUCUUAUCGCGGGAUCAAAUCUGUCUUGCUGCUUAUGAAGCCCAGUCUGCGUCUUUGAAGUCCGUGAUGACACAGGAUUGUACCAAGGAAGACAUGCAUAAUUUGUACGAUGGUGCAAAACUGUGGGGCCACAUGCUGGGAGAUAUGUGCAGGCCCCCAAAUAUUGCCAACAUGCUCGGAAAGGAGAAGUACAACAUGACCUGUAGUAGAGAAGCGGCUGCGAUGUGUGAGAAAGUCACGCCGUGGGAGCACGAGUUAGCUGAACAUAAUGACAGCGAUGUGUGCGACAUGGUGAAGAAAAUGUUUUACUGUGUCCAUCUUCACACUAUGGGCUGUGAGUGGACAGAAGCUGAAGUGACUAACUCUCUGGCCUGGAUGGCCUCUGUGGUUACCCCAGUUAAGACCCGCUGUGAUCUCUCUGCCCUGGAGAAGGCUAUUAAUGCCACCCGUGACAGCAAAGCCCCAUUCAGCGCUGACCAGACCAAAGCAAUGUUUACACGAGUAAUGGAAGAAGGAACUGAGAAGGACAAAGAGUUGAUGUACAACAUGAAGGUUCUGCAGAAGACCCUGAAUGAGGUGGAGAAACAGCACGUUUGUAAACCCUCUGUAGCGCUACACCACUGCUUCUAUUAUGUGGAGAAUGUAGCACCAUCCGACUUCUGUAGAGCAGCCAACAAAACCCAUGCAUGUAUUGAACUGAUGACCCGUGAUUGUAACCUACUGCAGAGGGCACCUGUCAGCUAUGUGUUUGGUAAUGUCCUAUCUGCAGACCCCAGGCAGUGUGGAUUGGCAUCCCGACCCCUAGACCCAGAGAGAGCAAAAGAUCCUUACUAUCAGCUGUCGGCUUGUGCUUCAAAUUACAGCAUGGCUGUACAGAGGGCCUACGGUUCUCCAUCGACUCAAACUCAAAUGAUGGAGAUGUGUGCUGCUGCCAUCACCCUGGACAGGUGUGUGUACUACACAGAUGUUAGCUUAAUAACCAAACCCAUGGUGAGCAACAUGGCCACGAUGACAAAAGAAUUGAUGGACGUGUCCUGCAAUCUACUCCCUAUGGAUAUGACUAAUGUGAAAUGUGAUGAAGGGGAUGUGGUUUGUAUGGUGAUGAAGAACAUAUCGAAACCCAUGGAGUGGCAGGAUCCACCAACAGAGCCCAGCAGUUGUGAAGCUGGAUACGCUGCAGCCUGCCUGGCUAACUACCUGAUGAGGGUGCUGACUUCACCGUUCAGUCCACUUGGUGAACACACAGACGUUUGUUGGGAGAGGCUUUAUAUGGAGGAGUGUGUUGUCUCUAAGACAGCCAGCUGUAUGUACAACAGGAAGCAGACCUUCUUAGGGACUGUAAACUGGUUUAAGAACAUCACCGGCCCAGGCUGCUCUGUGGUGACCAAGAUGGACACCAUGACAGUCAACUGCUCCAAGGCUCGGGAGUGUGUUAAAACAGGCAUGUACCUCCUGACAGAGAAAGAGUCCUAUGAGGACAUGGAUGCAUUCUGCUGGGGAGCUUCACAGAUUGCUAAGUGCAUUGAAGACCAUGCACCUGGCUGCUCGCCCCAGGAAAUGGUGAACAUCAGAGAAGGGGUGGAGAUAAUGGGCAAUGUGACCCACUUCUACUGCCCACAGCUGGACGCUUCCAUAUGCCCCCUGACAAAGAUGGAGGGAACCACCCCAGGAGCCAAGUGUCAGGUGAACAACAUGAGGAUGUGUGUCACAAAAUUCUAUGAGCAGACACAUGAAAAUGCUGCCUUGACUGAUCAACAAUUUUGUGGAAUUUUGUCCCAGAGCACAGACUGUGUAAUGAGAAACUCGAGUAACUGUCACUCGGCCACCAUUAAUGAAAUCAAGGAGAUGAUGGUCCCUGGUCUCCUGAUGGCGAACGUCAACUGCUCGGUAAUCAGCCAGACUUACGUGUCCUAUACAACCUGUCCCAUCAUAGGAAACUGCUCUAUUGCAAUGGCAAUGGAGAAAGUCACACAAGCCAUCACCCAGUCCAUGAUUCCUGGAGUCUCAGCAUGCAGUUUGUACUACACCCUGGAGAGUGAACUGUAUAAACAGACAUGCUUCCCAGUGGAGAGCGCCAUCAUCAACAAGGCCCUGCUUCAGUUUGCAGAUUAUCUAACUGCAAUAUACAACUGUCCGAAACAAACAACUGGCAUCAGCCAGACUUCAGGGGUCAUCUUCGACAACUCUGACCUUGCCAAGUGCACAGAGGAAGUGGGAGGAACUCUAGGAAACGCUCUGACCAAUCCAGUUUAUGGCGUAUGGGACAUCUGUCAAUCAGCAAUGAAAUAUCACGGCUGUCUGAAGACGCUGUUUAGUAAGGCUAACAGUACCAGGGAGAAGUUCAUCAGCAUGACCAUGAGGCAAACUUACAUGGACAUAGAAAGUUUUGUGAACGGAACUUGCGCUGCCAUGAAUAUGACCAACCUGAAACCUGUAACAAUGCCUGCAGAAGCUGCAACUUGUGGUAAGGACCUGGCUGUGGGCUGUGUUUUGUCUUUCUCCAUGCAGGCUAUGCAUGUUGGUCAGCUUCGGCCUGAAGACACAGAGAAAUUGUGCAGGUCCAGGAUGGAUUACUUCUACUGCAUGAAAAAUGCAUCAUCCACCUGCUCCUUAGGUUUUACCUCACAGCUCCAAACGAUGCUCACAUUGGCUGACUCGAUGCUGAUGAAUUCAGGCCAGUGUCCAGAUGAUGUGAUAGAAGAGUCCAAGCGAAUGAAAGAGGACAUGUGGGCAGAAUUGAUUUAUGGACAAGCCAGGAAAGACCUUACAAUUAAUCUGAUAUUGGGAAUGAUGGAAGAAAGAGUGCAGUACAAACCAGAGGAGGAUAAAAAAGAAAUGGAAGAUGAAAAAGAAAUGGAUGAAAAUGAAAAAGAAAUGGACAAAGAUGAAGAAGGAAAAGACAAAGAGGAAGAUGGAAAAGAAAUGGACAAAGAAAGGAUGGCAGACUCUCAUGAAAUGAAGUCCAUGGAAAUGAAGAAGGACGGUUGUGAUCCGAGAAUGGCGUCUAGGUGUUUGAUGCAUUUCUCUACCUAUCUCCUGAAGGGUAAAAUGUCCGAUCUGGCAGAUCGUUGCAGAGAUUUGGUAAAUGCCACACCAUGUGUAUGGAACAAUGUCAAAAAAUGCGACCACACAACACAGUACCUUGCAAUGAAGACCAUGAAGCAGGUGGUACAUUAUGCACAUGAAAUGUGUAUGUACAUCCUUCCCAAGAUGAUAAGGAUGGAUCAAUUGCCAGAUUCGAAGAAAAUGGACAUCGGAAGAUUGUUGAUGUCACAAGAUAUGUCCGAGUCCAAGAGAGAAGAGAUAGGUGAAAUAAUGCACAACUUGAACGUGAAAGAGGACACCAUGAUGGAAGAAAUGGAAGGAGAAAUGGAAAAAAUGGAGAAAGAAAAGAAGGAAAUGAUGCACAAAAUGGAAAUGGUAUUCCAGUCCAUUGAUCAUGUGUCUGAGGUGAGAGAGAGGGUCAAGGCCUUCAUGGCUGAGGGGAGAGAGAUGAGCGAUAACCUGGAGGGAAUCAUGAAACUGCUCAGUGUAGCCCCGGAGGAUGGAAUGUGUGUAGAUCCAGCCAAAUACAAGGAGGCCGGCCGCUGUGACCCAGCUAUGGCCAUGGAGUGCAUGAUGAGUGUCGAUAGAGAACUUCUGAACCCCAUGUCAACCAGGGACCGACUAUGUGUGAAACAUAACAUAGCCACUCGCUGUUAUGCCACUAUGUCGGUAGGCUGCAAUUACAUAACGAGCACCAUGCUGAAUGUGUCAAUGAAUCUGAUGAUGUACAAAGUGGGAGACAAGUGUGACUUACGAGUUGCCUCUCCGUGUCAGAGGAAGAUGGACAAGCAAUGUGAAGUGAAGGAAGCAGAGGAAUGUUUAGAAGGACUUCACAAAGUAGUGGUGGCUGCAAAAGAUUUCUUACCAUCAUCUGCCAAUCAGAUGUGCAUGGUUGCUGCAAUGUCCAAAAAAUGUUUGAUGGAAAAAUUAGCUCACUGUGACACUAAGACAAGUUAUGGUUUCCACGACGCUUUGAGACCGGUUGUGAAGACCCUGGACUACGUCUGCAACACAAUGCCAGCCCUGGGCUGCGUCACAUCUUUCCUGUGGAAGACAGCAUCCUCCGUCCUUCUCUCUGCCGAUCUGUCCAAGGUGGGAUCAGUUCUUCAGACCAUGAAGUUCUACAAGGACCAAAACAUGACGAUGCCUGACUCUGUUAGUAACCAGCUGCUGAAGGAAAUGGAAGACAAGAUGAAUGGUUCAAGAAGUGAAGCGAUGACCAUGUACGCUGGGUGGUUGGGGAGAAUGGUGGGUAAAGCUCCGGAAUGUAUGAAGGAGGAGGAUCGCAAAUACGGAAUGGAGGAUGUGCUUAUGAGCGUGUCGACUCUGAUCAAGCUCACCAUGAUGGAGUCAGGGCUGGUUCACCCAGAAAAGAAUUUCGUGGAACAUGUUGAAAUGCUGGUCAGCAUGGAGGACGAGGAUAGCGUGUUGAGGAUGGCUAUUGGUGCCAUCAACAGAACUCUGAUGGAGCACAGAAUGAAGCUGAAUCACUCUCUGCUGAUAAGGACUGCUGUGAAAGAAAUUGUUCAGAUGGCUGAUAGUACCAAAAUGUUGCAGUUCUUCUAUGCCAAAAUGACUAAACGCAUGUUGAUGAAGACCAUGGAGAAGAUGGGGAUGGAAAUGAAGGUCGAUAAGGAAGCUGAGAAAGAAAUGGAGAUGGAAAUGCAGAGAUGGAUGGUGGCGGAAGUGGCCGAUAAACUUCGAGAGAUGAUGCCCAACAUGACAAAGAUGAUGACGUCAUCUGACUACACCAUGACUUACUUGUCAAAGUCCAUGGGGAUAAUGGAGAUGAAGAAAUGGGCUUCCUGCUCAGAACUAGGGGAGACGGCUAAAUGCCUGGAGAUGUAUGGUCACCUGAUCCCAGCAGAGUCUCGAGCUACUGUUAAUGUCACCAUGAAUGCUCUGUUUGCAGUUGUCAAAGAAGUUUGUGAACCUACCAAGUGCUUCCAGUGUAACGGACUGUCAAAUAAUGAGGAAUGUAACAAGCAAGGAAUCGUGACCUGCCAACCGGGCCAGGGCUGUACCACCACGAUCAUGGCGGGAAAGAUCUACAAAGGAUGUGCUUAUCCUGGCAAUGACUACAGGGACGAGAACAUGAACUACAUGACUUGUUACGGAAGCUGGUGUAACCAGCCCAUGAUGGCCACACACAAAGAGAAAAACCCAAUGUGUCAACCAUAUGCAGCCAUUCAAUGUGGCAUGGACCUCGUGCCCAGCCUUGUUCUAAACAGAGUGCCCAACUUGAGGGAUGUUUACAAAGCGUCGUGGUGUAUGGAUGCUCACACAUCUCAUUGCGUGUAUCGACAUAACCAAGCCGUGAGUCAGCUGGGACAGAUAAUAAAACGCACAGCUCUAGAGGGCGCCUGUGCUGGAGAUGUUUCUCAGUACGAAUGCGGACUUCGCAAUGUGAUGGCACUGGCUGCAACCAUCAACAAACCAGUGGUCUCCAGAGCUGCCCUGUGCUAUGAUCUGAAUGCAACAUUGAGCCUGAUUAGAACAGCGCAGGCUCAGAAUAAAUGUUCUGAGUAUGACUCCAUAGCUGUGUAUGAGGGGAUGAACACGAUAAUGCAGACGAUCGGCUACGACUACUGCCCAGGGCUGAUGAUCAGAGAUAACUCGUCCUGUGCGAUGAUGAAUAAGAUGAUGGAAGGCGAGGACAGGGAGGCCAAGUGUGAAGUAGAAGACAUUGACGAGUGUAUGGAGGAACACGAGCUCUUACACAUGCUGGCCAUGAUGUCAGACAUGGAGAAGAUGAAAGCUGCCAAGGAAGCACGGGCAAGGGACUUUGAUCAAGUGUGCAUAGAGUUGUAUUUGACAUCACAAUGCAUAACGUCUAAGGUCAAAGGUUGCAGUAUGACCGUACAGCUGGAUGUGGCAGCCAACAUGACCCAGAAACUGGCGUUCUUCAUCAAGCGUUGUCCGGUCUCAAACAUGAUGCAUGAGAUGUGCAGUCCACUGCCCAUGCCGGACCCAGUCUGCGAUAUUCAAAAGGUUACUGCGACCUGUUUUGGCAGAUUUAACUCUAGGAGUGAUGAACUGUGCAGGGUUGACAUGACUGACUUUACGAGCACUUUGACAUGCAUUACCAACAAUACAUCUGGAUGUUCUGCUGUUCAAGCUGUUCCUGUGUUUGACAAAGUCUUCAACAUCAUCGCCAGAAUGACCACGGAAUGUUCUGGUCUCACGAAAGUCCUCAAAGACGACCAGAUGCUGUACAAGAUGACAGAGGAAAUGAUUGCCAAGAUGAUAAUGGAGUACAAUGUGAUGAUGACGAUGGAGAAUGAGAAGAAGCCAAUGUCAGGUGUUCUGAACACGAUGCUGACAGCCAAGUACGCACAGAAGACCCAUAAUAUGACACCCGAGGUGGUGUUUGCUUCAAUGUCGCCUGUCCUACAGAACGUGACUCUGUUGAUGGAGGGUGCCGUACAGCUUUCCUUGUUUGGAGAUGACACAAAGGGUGUAGCUGUGUGUAUGCUUGACUACUCGGCCGGCUUCCGGAGAGCCCUGAUGUACCCCGACUGGUUCAGUGUGGUUUUCUGUGAAACCAUCACUGAACUCCAAUCCUGUUUGUCUCACCAAAAACUGUCCCCAGUGGCUCAGAGCAAUGUCUUGUACAUCCUUAACGACAUGGCUGGCGACAUGAACUUGGUCUGCGAGAAUUACAUGGAACAGGUGAUGUGGAAGGGCUGGAUGCUAAUGAAUCUGACUCAGAGAGUGUCCAGCAUGCCAAUCCACGAUAAACUGGAUGAGCUGUACAAAAACAUGAUGAACGGAACCCAGGACAAAAUGAACCUGACCGCUAAGGAUGUGGCCAGUAUGCUUGAUGCCAGUGUUGUGUCUGUUGUAGAUCCCAUGCUUCAUGUAAAUGAUUCGUGUGAUGUGUACAAGAUUGCCGAUAUGAUAUCAGAAUUCUCUGUUCAUCUUGUGGGACCCUUCACUCCUAAGUCUCAGUAUCCAGUGCUGUGCGAUAUGUUGAACAACUCUGUGAAGGCACAACUUGAACCUUUGAUAAGCAAAUGUUCCCCAGCUCAUCAAAUGUUGUACAAAUCUGUGAUGGGAUCCAUCAUCAACAAAACGAAUCCCAUCUGUCACCAGCCAGCAAUGAAUCGAGCAGUAUUUCAACCUUUGUGUAAGGUGGAUGAAGCAUUUGGAUGUUACAUGACAGUUUUCCCGUACCUCAGUGGCAAGGCUGUUCCUCGAGACAAACUCUGCGGAGCAUACCACUAUACCACAGUCUGUGUAGACAAACACACAGCAACCUGUACGACUGACCAGAAGGCGAGUCUGAAUUAUGUCGAGAACUACGUCCGGAGUGUGAUAGGAGACACGUGUCCAUUCGUCCAGGCUCUGAGGCAGUGUUACAGAAGCGACAGUAGAUACACCUGUAGUGUCCAGGGAGCCAGAGAAUGCAUCGCGUUGCUCGGAGACUACAGCGAAGGCAUUACUAAACAAACGUGCAGCAAACUACCUCAGCUGAUGCAGUGUAUCGGUAGUGCAACAGCGGGUUGCUCUAUGUCGGAUACGCUUGAUGCAAUGUCAUACAUUGAAGUGGUGAUGUCGGCCUACAAACUUCUCCCAGUCUGUUACAGCUAUAACAUGUCGUCCUUGUUGUACCAGUCCUGUCAAGCUCCCCUCACCUGUUCGCUGGAGAAAGCCGGAAAUUGUUACGCUCCACUGCUUACAAAAACAUCAUGCACUGUACAGGAAGCCAGUAGCAUCAGAAGUUGUGCCUCCAGUCAUCUCCGCGGUUGUAACCUCAUCCAGCUGCAGAUCUUCGACUCCCAGCUGUGGUUCGGCAGAGAGAACAUGCCGUCCUGUAGCGCCUUCACUAUGGACACCUCCAUCAUCCCGUCGUCUCUGUCAGUAGAAGCUCAGGGCCUCAGCCAGUGUGGCACAGCGUUUAUGAAGAACAUAACCACCGCUCUACAGACCAGUGCCAACUCCCUCGAGAGAAUCUGCAUGAGUAUGAAGAUGAUAUACAGCGAAUGUUUGAUGAAGAACCAAACGGAGGAUGGCAUCAAGUUUUUGACCGCUAUGUACGGAAAUUCUUUCGCUAUUUCUGUGGAGUUAACUGACCGGGUCUGUAAGGAGGUGUAUGAAGGAAAGAUGCCCAAGGAAGAGAAAUCAAGUGACAGGACUACUUGUGACACCAAGAUCGCCGCUCAGUGUUUGUCUGCCGUGUCGGUGCCAAUUUUAUUCUCGGCCAGUCUGAACAGAGAGGACAAGCGGUCUUUCUGUAGUGGCGAAACUUUCCAGGCCUGUGUGUCCGUCGUAAGGGCAACUUUAGAUGGAUGUAGUAUGGAGGAAACCGAGCAGCUGAGAAGCUUCCACACAUUCCUGGAAAGUAUAAAAGAGUUUUCGGGCGUGUGCGAGGACCACUUUGCCAGCUGUUCUCCGAUGGAUGCCAUGACAUGCAGCAUGGAAGCAGAAGAGAAAAUGAAGAUGAUGAUGGAAAGAAACACAACUGCUGUUAGAGAUGAAAAUCCUUACUGCAGUCAUUUCAAAUCCACUAUGGAUUGUGUAAGAUCAAAUGUGUUUGGCUGCUCUAAAGAAGUAAAGAUGGAAGUUCAAAGGAGUACUGAGGAAGGAUUCUGCCUAUACAGCGAUGUUCUCAAAUCCUGCGAAAUCAUGAAAAUGAAAGAACCAAAGAUGGAGCUUCCCAAGUGUAUGAAGGAGAAGCAUAUGGCUCCCGUCUGUAACAUAACAACAGCAUAUUCCUGUCUGAAAUAUCUGUACUGGGAACUCGAAAGUCCGUCUGUAGAUUGCAACGCCAUGCAUGAGACAUACACACAUGCCAUGCAGUGUUAUAUUGAGAACGUCGGAAACUGUACGUCAGGACAAGUGAUGAUUACGAACCACAUGAUGUCCCUGAUACACGGAACUGUUGAAAAGUUAUGUCCCACGAUACCUGGUCAUUCUUGCCAGGAACCGGCGAGAUGUGAAGCAGACCAGGCUGCAUACUGCGUGGAGAGUCUUGGUCAUUUGAUGUCAAGCAGUGGAAAUAUGGAGAAUGGUCAUAUGUGCAUAGCUGUGGAGAUGACUGAAGCCUGUGUUUAUGACAAGACACACCACUGCUCCAUGUUUGGUAAAGGAGCUGUAAAUUACGCAAUGACAGAGAUGAAAAACAAGGCCACUGAAACACGGAAGCUGUCCUGUACAGACUCACUAGACCUCUGCAUGAUGAAGUUCUACUAUUCUUCUCUGGGAGUACUACAGGGAGAAAUUAUGAUGACCAAGUUGUCUAAGAUGCGAGAUCAUGUUACUUCUCAGAUGAUGUUGGACAUGACUCUGGGUAAAGACCCGAUGAUGAGUAUGAGGCAGUGGAACAUGUCCAUGGACAAUGUGUCCUCCGCCAUUGUAGACAGUAUGUCGAAGGAGAUGCAGAAAUCCAUGGAAAAGACGAUGAUGGACAAUAUGACCAGCGCAGAAAAGAUGAUUGCAUACGACAUGCACAUCUUGGAUGUGAUGACACGCGGACUGAAGAGUCACGAAGACAAGUAUCUCAAGGUCAAAUCUAUGCAGUGUACUGGGUUCCGUGAGGCCUUCUCUUGUGUUGUGAAUAACCUUCAAACGACCUCAGGACUCCGUAGCGAUGUGGCCGGACUUAUCGCAGGGGUGGGAUCGCAUCUGUAUGUUGUGGUUAGCAACAUGUGUGAGAAAGAACGCUCCUGUGACUUAGGGAAGGAACCAGACACCUGCCAGUUUCUCCCAGCAGCUACAUUAAUCAUGCAACAGGCUGGAUCAUACGCAAACAUGAAAUCUUUCUGCGACAUGUUACCCCUCACCAUACAGAACGUGACGACCUGGACCCAGAGUUGUAUGGAUGAGAGCAUGGCCUAUCAUUUCCAGAAGGUGGUGUCCGAGAUGAAGGCGGCCAAAGACACCAUGUGUCGUUCACAGGAAGCAUGUCAACAGAAUGCGGCCCAGGAAUGUAUUGCCAACUUCCAGUCCAGUCCAAGCUGCAGCUCUUAUGAAGUUGCCCUACAGUGCGUCACGGAGAAAACGAAGUCAUGUGACGGAGAGACAAUUCGACAAGUAGAAAGGGAUUUACAAUCCGAGUACGAGAAGAUAGCAGCCGGCUGUGUGCCAAUGCCAGAUCUUGUGAUGAGCAUCAAUUCCAAGGCUGCCUUGAGAUUGAUAGAGGGCGGAACAGAGGAGUCCUUGAAUCUGAAACUUUCCGAAUCCCCCAAGGAGAAGUGUGAGGCAGGAAAAACUUGUGAGGUCAAGGUCACACUUAAGCUGAAGAACAAUCCUGCUUCAACACCAAUGUGUGCUGAAUCUCAAGAAAGAAUACCACAAGUAGUUGUUUUCAAGGACCCAAGUGUUACUGAUCCUUGCACUUUCACUUUCACUUCGGACAACUGGGAGAUGGGCACGCAGAUCCCCCUAUGGGCCAGUAGUGACAUGCUGUAUGACAAUGUUCAAGAAAUGAACCUCAGUUUAGUGGUGGAUAAAUACUCUGACAGUCAGCUGGUCCUCUCCAGACAAAUGGCAGAUAUUAAGCUUGUUGUGGCAGACACCGACCAGCCAGCUUUCUGUUCAGUUUCCGAUUCUUACAUCAUUUCAUUUGAUGGAAAGGCAUUUAAAAACAGGCACCAGGGAGAGUUCACCCUGUACAAGCAUAGUACUAUGCCAUAUGAGGUGCACAUCUUAAAUCAAGCCUGCAAUUCUCGGUCUAAAACUUGUACGUGUGCGGCAAUGGUGAAGUUUCAGGACGACGUUUUAGUGGUAGAUGUUUGCAGUAAAGUUCAGAGUUCACCACUAGACGUGCCGGUCAAACUGUAUAAAAAUGGUGACCUGGCGCAGGGAACCAAGAUAUAUCAGGACAAUGGUGGACAACUAAUCGUGGUUGAUUUGCCGACUGCUGGUUUGGUGGCGAUUCAAAUGGAGAAUAACAAACAACUAAGCGUGUUUGUGAUUCCAUCAUCCUUGGACUGGCUCAGAUCAGAAGGUUUGUGUGGUGUUUAUGAUGCCAACAAAAACAACGACAUGGCCAUGCCAGUCACAGGAAGUCUGACCAACAACGUGGCUCACUUCAUCAAAGGAUGGAGGAAUAAGGUGGGAGACAGUCUCUAUGUUGGAGCACUGGCAGAGCCUUCCUACCAGCCCCCGAUGUACUGCUCCUGCACAGGAGAUAACAGUGCGGUCAAGAACCAGUGCGAACCGAUGCUGAUAUCCAAGACCUGCAAACUCACCUCAGGGAAGGAUGUGACUGCAGAGUUGGUUGAGCUGUCUAAUUCGCGUGAUGGCAGACGUAAGAAGAGAGCAGCGUUCAAUGCAUGGGAAGGACUGACCGGUGUCGACACAAGUUACGAUCCACAGGACACCGAGCUGGUGAUCUCUGCCUCUGGUACCUGGAACAUGACAACAGCUGGAGACUACUGUGACAGGCUGAUGUUGUCCAGUGCAUUGAUGGACAAAUGUCAGACGUUGGUGGGCACCAGCUUCACUCAGGCUAUGAAGGACAUCUGCAUCCAAACCAUUCUGACAAAUGAUGGAACAACAGAUGUGCAAGUAGAGAGCAUCAUUAAGGUUCAGUGUGAGACCCAGUUAGACAAGAUGACACCUACUAUGACAACCGACCCCAACUUCCAGACGCUUUCAUCCGAAAUCCUGACCCUGGUCUGUCCCAAUGACUGUAGCAACAACGGACAGUGUGAGGGAGGUCAAUGUAAAUGUUACCGAGACUACAUCGGAGCGGACUGUUCGAUCCAGGAGUCUGCUGCACCAUCAAUCAGCAGUCUGGAAGCUGACGGUCUCUGUUCACUAGAGAAUGGAGGAUGCAAGACAGUGCUGGUGUCUGGCGGUCCAUUCUCAGAGGAGUUGUCCCCCAAAUGUCACUUCCAGCGGGCAGAGAUGUCCACUAGUGGUUUCUCAGCAACAGGCAGUGUUGUCCAGUCUGCUGCCAGGUUUGUGACCUCGACCCUACUGGUCUGCACUGUCCCCGACUCCAUGUCAGCAGCGUCCGGUGUGGCUGUGUCAGCGGUCAGUCUGUCUGUCAGUAACAAUGGCCAAGCUGUCAGUCAAGCCAAAUUCUUCAUCUCUUAUAACCCAGUGUGUUACAGCUGUGAUAACAGUGGCCAGUGUACCAAGACAUCGACAGGAUGUGUGAUUGGGGGUAAAUGCCACAUGGCUAGUGCCGUCAAUCCCCAGAGUGUUUGUGAAUUCUGCGAUCCAGUCACAAGCACUGCAGAGUGGACCAGGAAAAUUGUGCCUGGAUGUCCAGGUUCUGGAUCUGACACUACGACCCCCAGUGACCCCAACGGUCAGGGUGGCCAGGGACAGAACAAGGAGUGUUCCACCCCCGCACCGAUAGUUGAGCAGGACAAAACGCUGGCCGUCAUCUUGGGGGCAUUUGCUGGUCUCUUCUUCCUCACCACUGUGGUCAUGGGCUGUAAAGCUUGCCGCUCUUCUGGGCCAGCAAAACGUAAAUUACUCGAGUCAGACGACAGGGCAUCCAGCUCAGCGGCAUCCGCAAUAGAGGAAAAAAAAGCCCCCGCCUUCGUCAAUCAAACAUACAAUGACAAUGUUAAGGAAGUUGUGGUCGACCCCAACACUUCCUACGUUUACGGAGCUGUAGCAACGAAGACUGAACAGAAGGCUAAGGGAAACGACCCCACAACUCUCUACCCUGAAAUCGAGGAUUUGCAAAAUAAAGAAAACUGAAGCCCAACACUAACAUAUAGAAAAAUCUUCCGGGAAAUCCUCAGGAUCUAAUAGUAUUGAAGACCCUAAAGAGUAUGAUAAUGUAGGUUAUUCCGGAUACAGAAAAGAAAAUGUAUAUGGUGCUGGUCCUAUCGUAGAAGAUCUGCCCACAAAACCUAA